AUGCUAGGUCUGCUAGCAGUUGUAGAAUCUAGUCCGGAAAUAACAGGUAAUUCGAAACUUUAGUUCUUUUUACAUAUAUUUUUUGCACGGUAUUAUAAUACUUGAAAAAAUUCGAACCAAUGAAUCAGGUAUUAAAAUAGCGUGUUUAUUGACACACUUUGUAUAUCCUUGUAAAAGAAAAACGUGUCCUUGCAAUUUGAAAAGUGUGUACUUGGGACAGUGUACUUGGUCUUGACUCUUGGGAAUAAAGCCCGGAAAAUUCAUUUCCAGCCAUUUCCCACAGCAAUAUUGUUUAAAGGGUAGCUUAUAUGGACUCGAAAAUUGACGGUGUUAUUAUUUAGUCUAAUGUGAAAGGUCAUUGAAAACUGUAAAGCAUUUUCCUUGAUAGAUUUUUGUUUUCUUGCUUCGUUUUGGAGGUAUCUCAUGAUGAUAUGCAAAGGACCAACUUCCUACGUCACAUAUGCAUAAUGAUUUAGCCCUGAAAUCUGUAUAUCUUUACUAUGACAAAAUAUAAUCAGUAGAAAACCUACAUGGGUAUUGUCGUGGACAAAUUUCGUUCAUCAUUCAUUCUGAGCAAAUUUAUUUGAUAGUGACAAAAUUAUAUAAAUACUCCUAAAAACACUCCUACGCGUGCUUUAAAUAGUACAUAUUCUAAGUUCUUUGAAUGUUUGCAUGGCGAUAAAAUAUAAUUGUUUUUGUUUGUGGAAACACCACGUAAAUUUAUUACUGCAAAGCUUUCGAUCCGUAAGCCCGGAUCUUCAUCAGUGCAUCUUCAUCACAUAUUAUUAGCACUGAUGAAGAUCCGGGCUUACGGAUCGAAAGCUUUCCACAAACAAAAACAAUUAUAGUACAUAUUCUGUUUAUAACAUGGCAAUUAAGAAACGCCUGUAAAAUUACCGGCUUCAAUUAUUUUUCUAUAGGCGGUUUUAUGGUAAUGGUAAUAUCUGCAGAAAUCAUGCUAUAAGAAUCUGGACUCGCUUUUAAGGAUUUUCACUGGUUAUGAAUUUAAGGAUUUUCAUUAACUAGUUAUGAAUCAUUUAGACUGCAUGACUCGAAAUUAAAAGGUAUUCAAUUUGAAACAAAUUUUUGUCUCAAAAAAGGCACUUAACUUAGUUAACGAAUAUUCAACAAGCAUUUUCUUAGUUAACGAGUAUUUGUGCAGCUCAAGCUAGUCUGCGUCCCACACUUCCAAUAAAUGAAUCUAUACAUUUAUCCAUAGAUUAUCUACGAAUAUCUAUGAAUUUAUCUAUGAAUAAAUAAAUGUAUAGUUUAAUUUGGUUUAGUUAGUGUAUGCAGUAGUCUUGUAUCUAAAAGAAAAUAAAGAAAUAUAGUUUACUCAAACCUACUAAUACCUUAUACCCAAUUCUUUUGAUUUAGGACCACAAAGAGAAGUGAUUUCAAUAUACAAUGAUGACUUUACCACCCCGCCAUCCACACCUCAAUAUUUCAUCGAAGUUUAUCGCUGUGUUAAACUUGACUUUGGCGAAUGCUCUAGCAGUGGACCGUCUACGUACCCGGUUCCAAAAACAACGAACGAGAUUGAGAUAGUGGUUCCGGAUAUAACAAACAAAGAUCGGGAUUCUAGCGAUAAAAAGAAGUUUUAUAAAUAUGUCGUUCAUAAUCACACUGCUUGUCAAUGUGGGAAAUUAAAGUACAGGAAUGGUAGACUGUAUAAAACCAUAACUAAUAACGAAGGUUAGUCCGGUUUACACUGAGCAAAUACCAUGCAAUUACCUAAAAUGAACAUGCUUUGUGAUUAAUUUUCUUUCGCUCGUUAGAUAAUUUCUUUUGUAUUUUAUUGUUAUAGUCAUAAAACAUAUUCAUAUGUAAGUUGAUGACAAUACAACCAGGGGCCGGUUGUAUAAAACUCUUAAUCACUUUUUCAAUCACUAUUUUGUAGUUAGAUAGUGAUUAACUCUUAGGGACGGACCAUUAGAUAUUUGAGGGGGUGGUUGCAGAAAUCCCCCCAAAAAAUUCGAGCAAGCCUUUAUCCUUAAAAAAAACGUGCGAGAAGAAAACUAGCGAGCAUCCAUGCAUGCUAUGAGAAUAAACUCCAAUUCCUGGACCCCUAAUUGGAACUUCUGGAUAUAAAAUAUGAAGAAUACAUAUAGAAUGCUAUGACAAUCCUGAUGAUCACCCAUCAUUGCACAAUGCAAAGCUUCCAAAUUUGUGAAGGCACAGGAGUUUAAAAAAUUAAGGCGACAAAACCUGCGAACGGGCAUACGGGCUGGCUGCAGUCCUAUGCCCAACCCCACACAUAAAUUCAUUAUAGCUGCAAGACAUGAAGUACAUACCAGAGGUUGUGCGACAACCACUGAGUCUGAGAGCGCGGAUAAUCUGCCUUGAUUUAUUGCAUAUUAAUAAUUACUACCACGGAGUAAACAGAUUUGUUACCUCCGCCAGGAGGUUAUGUAAUCAUCUGGGUUUGUAUGUGUGUGUGUAUGUGUGUGUGUAUGUGUGUGUGUUUGUCUGUGAGCACGAUAACUCAAGAAAUACCAAACAUAUUCAUACGAAAUUUUUUUAAUGCAUUUCCCAUCGGCUACGGAAGAACUGAUUAAAAUUUGGUUGAAUUUGGUUAAAAAUUGAACGAGAAAUGAACAAAAUUUUGUCUUGCUUUUCCCGGUCAAUUAAAAAAACUCACUGAAUGCGUAAUUAGGACGUGUAUAAUGUAUGCACGCAGUACUAAGCCUCAUUAAGCUCCAGCCUUCAUUAUCUAUUGUCUUAGUUGCAUUUCACACGACCGAAAUUCAAUGGGGGCGGAGGUAUGCAGUCUCUGAGUGCCCUCUAGUUUAUUCUGUGGUAAUACAGAACCCCGGAACAGGCCUUCAGAUUGCCGACCAGCUUGCCGCCACUUCGGGCUACCAUGAUACCAUGUCUCCAGCUGCCUGUACCUCGUGUCAAAGAUGUUGUAGAUGAAUGUGGAUAAGUACACGCCUUAAAAUUAUGACCUGUUCUUAAUUAUUAAAUCAGGACCUGUAUUUUUGUUCAAAGGCAAUCGUUUACAGUUUGUUUCUCUAUGGAACUGAUUAAUAUUUGCAACUAUGCCGGAAACAGUGGCGUAGCCAAGGGGGGCCGACCGCCCCCCCCCCCCAUUCGCCAUAAAACCAUCCUCUCAAAAAGGCUAAAUCCGUAAGGAAAUUGUGGGAGGGGGUACACGUUGCAUGCUCAAAGCUGAAACCGAUUAAGUAUGUCUCGAGUGAGGAAAAAGACGAUACACUGGAGGAACUUGAUUUGUAAAAUCUCGUUAAAGCAUUUGUAGUCUUGUAGAUAUGGUUCCAAGAACUGUUAAAUACAUGCAUGCAUUAUCAUAGCAUGAAUAUUUCUUCUCAAACUUACUCUGUAUCGUAUAAAAAACAACGCAAUUCUGAGAAUGCGGAAAUGGUAUCUCAUAGAACCUAGAAUGAUUUAAAUGCAACAUUUCUGAUCAAAAUCACAUGGCUCCCAUCAGCAUCACAGAGGACAAAUAAGGUGACACUGACCCCUCCUCCUGUUUUCAAGGUGACUUUUCCAAUUUAUUUAAUUCCGAGUAGAAUUCUGCUAGACUUCACCUCCAAAAUGCUUGAAAUCUCAUUUCAGGGACCACCCAAAAAUGAAGGUCUGGCUACGCCACUGGCCGGGAACGGAGCAGUCACCGUCGAAAGGGCUUGUUUACACUAUCAAAUUUUCUUUCAAAGAUAUUGUAACCCGCCCCUAUUAAAAACUACAAAUAAAAAAAUUCUUCACGCCUGGCAAAAAGUAGUCCAAAAUCGCCGGAGGUGUUGUAACUUCUUUAAUUUUCAUGCUGAUUGUACGAAAUUUCCCUUAGACAUAGAAUAUAUUCUUACUUUGUUUUUGGACAUUUUAUUUUUUGGCGGGAGAAUGACGUCACAAACAUGGCGCCAAAAAUUUAAAAAUUAGCAAUUGCUAAUAUCAUAUCUUUAUUUGGAAGAGCAUGCUGUAGGGAACCUGAAACUGAAGUCUGUAUCGAAAUACGACCAUUCGCUGCAAAGAUAGACUGAUUCAAAGUUGGAAAAAUCGGCCAUUUUGUUACUAAAAAUAGAACAAAAUGGCGGAUUUUUCGAAAUUUGAAUCACUCUAUCUUUGCAAUGAAUGGUCGUAUUUCGAAACAGACUUCAGUUUCAAGAUUCCUACAGCAUGGUCUUCCAAAUAAAUAAAUGAUAUUAGUCAUUGCUAAUUUUUAAAUUUUUGGCGCCAAGUUUGUGACGUCGUUUUCCCGCCAAAAAAUAAAAAAUCCAAAAGCUGCACGAUUUGUAAGAAUCAUAUGUUCUAUGUUUAUGGAAAAUUUCGUACAAUCAGGAUGAAAAUUAAAGAAGUUGCAACACCUCUGGCGAUUUUGGACUACUUUUUGCCAGGCGUGCUUGCAAGCGUUUGACUAUUAAACGAAAAAAAAGCGUGCACAACAUGUGCGUCCAAACUGAAAAAUCCUGCAAGGAAAAAAGCUGCAACCACCCCCUCAAAUAUCUAAUGGUCCGUCCCUUAUUGGAUGACUUUUCCACUAACUAUAGUUAACUUUAAUCACUUUUUUAUACAACCGAUCCCAGGCGAACACGGGAGCUCUCCCUUCAACACUGAAUCAAACUGCUAUACUGAAUAUCAAGACUAGAUAUUGUUAUCUGCAUAUAAAGCGCGUUUUCCACUCCAGACGAACUCGCGCGAAGCGUCUUUGUCGUCAUCGCUCUUGCUAAUGUGAUUAGCAAUGCUGACAACGGAUAAAGCAGCUGCGCGUGGUAAAUUCGCCCGGUGAAAAAUGGGCUGUGCUUGGUUUUUUCCUGUACAAGGGGGGAUUUUCUCCGUGAUUUCUGCCCCGGGUUUUCUUCUCCCAUAAAAAAGUAACCAACCCAUGCGGCCUUAGUUGCACUCCAUGUGAUAGCGAGAACCCGAGGCGCUUCAGUCAACCUUCAGGUUUCAGCUGCAAGGACAGGUGAUUUUUACACCGCAACUCCAACCUGUAUGAAUUUUUCUUGCAGUGUCAGCAGCUUAUUUCAAAGCGAAGUUUUCGAAAAAUCCAGUCAACCUGAUACGUGUGUGUAACGUUUGCAACAGCACUCAAACUAGAUAUAAACUCCAUCCAGACCAUUUCAACGUUGUCUUACCAUCUAAGUAUCUGACGUUCCAACAGUGCUUGCCUGGCUGUGUAGUGGUAAAAAACGAAACGUCUAACAAGCAAACUUCCAUGCUGUCUGGUAGUCCCGUUAGUGUCCCACUUACAAAUGAUAUUUCAUGCAAGGCUUAUGACGGAGCUAAAACACAACAACAAGGUAAAAAUAAUCCUCAGAAUCAAAAGCUCAAAAGCUUAUCCUCAGAAAGUCCAGUUGGAAACUUGAGUACACAAGGUAAGAAAUCAUGGCUCUGA